UCGAUGUAGAGGAUUAUAAACUCCCCCCAAAACCCUAAAACCCUAAACAACACAACAACCUCCUCCUCCUCCCUUCACUCCUUUGAGAUUAACAAGAAUUUAGGGUUCUACUCAAUCCUAAAAUGGUGGCUGAAAAGGGUAAGAAACCGAAGAUCGCAGAGAAGACAGCGGAGGAGGCCGAACAAAUCGGCAGUGAGCUCCUUCAAUCCAUCGAAAAAAUGCAGGAGGUCCAAGAUGAACUCGAAAAGAUUAAUGAGGAGGCAAGCGAUAAAGUCUUGGAAGUGGAACAGAAAUACAACGAGAUACGCAAGCCAGUGUAUGAUAAACGAAACGCAAUCAUCAAAUCAAUCCCUGAUUUUUGGCCAACUGCUUUCUUAAGCCACCCUGUUCUAUCUGAUCUUUUGACCGAAGAAGACCAAAAGAUCUUCAAGCAUUUAACUUCUUUGGAAGUCGAAGAUUUCAAAGAUGUGAAAUUGGGUUACUCUAUCUCAUUUAACUUCGGUCCCAACCCGUAUUUUGAAGACACCAAACUUACCAAGACUUUCACGUUUCUUGAUGAGGGUACUACAAAAGUUACCGCUACCAAAAUAAAGUGGAAAGAGGGCAUGGGUGUUCCAAAUGGUGUUUGCCAUGAGAAGAAAGGAAACAAGCGGUGCCAUGACAACUGCAAUGACGACCAUGAGAAUGAAAGCUUCUUCAGCUGGUUCAGCGGAAAUCAAGAGAACGAAGAUGUGGUGGAGCUUCAUGAUGAGGUUGCUGAAAUAAUCAGGGAGGAUUUAUGGACUAACCCUCUUACGUAUUUCAAUAAUGAUGCUGAUGAAGAAGAAUUCGAGCUAAAUGGGUCAUGUUCAUGUCAACUCAAAAAUAGGAAAAUGGGACAGAUGAUUCGGAAGACGAUGAGGAGGAUCAAGAAGACGAUGAAGGGAAUUGAAGUGUAAAGCGUUCUAUAACAGUGAAAAAGUUUUCAUAUUUAGGUGGUUAGUUAAAUAUUUCUAUGUUGAUGGUUUGAUCCAUCUUUAGCAUUUUGUGUUUUUUUUGACAGUAGCAGUUUUUUUAAUCAUGCAUGUGAACAAAGCGAAAUAGAAAAGAGAACUUUUAUUGAUCUGAAAA